CUUCAGACUGUAAAACGUUCCUUGAUCUGGCUUCUUUCAGGCCAAGAUACCUGCAAAUGCCUCCAAAUUGCUCAGUUUCCCAAGACAUGAAGGACGACGUGCCUGGAAAGGAAUAAACACAAAUUGAGGGAAAAAUGUAUUGGCUGAAAUGAUAGUUGCUGCCUUUAUUUUCUCACUCUCCCAGAUGGCAGAGCUCCUUACCAACAUUUUGAACAUGCAUCGCAACCGCUUCCUCCUGUUCCUGGACCUUGCAUGAGAGUUAUCCGCCCAGCUCAGCAAGUCAUCCCAAAUUACUCAGACCUUCAUGCUCCCCAGGGCACCAGAGGCCGGCCACCCCAGAGGACAUGCUCCUCCCCUGGUCCUCCUCGAUUCCCGAAUCAGCUAUACAACCAGCUACCUAAUGGCCAGCUGCCCCCCAAGGCAUGUGGCCCGGAUGAAGCAUGUUGUUGUCCUUGUGACAAUUUUCCAUCUCCAGCUGCCGUCCCGAGACCUCUCAGUAACCCUGCAGCCAAGGGAACUCUGAGAACCAGCAAUUUGCCAGAGGAGUUGCGCAAGGUCUUUAUAACCUAUUCGGUGGACACAGCAGUGGAGGUUAUGAAAUUAGUGAACUUCCUGCUUGUAAAUGGAUUUCAAACUGCUAUCGAUAUAUUUGAGGACACGGUACGAGGUAUUGACAUCAUUAAGUGGAUGGAGCGGUACCUGGGUGAUAAGACGGUGAUGAUAAUCAUAGCAAUCAGUCCAAAAUACAAACAGGAUGUGGAAGGGGCAGAAUCCCAGCUGGACAGGGAUGAACACGGCUUACAUACUAAAUACAUCCACAGGAUGAUGCAGAUCGAGUUUAUACAACAAGGAAGUAUGAACUUCAGAUUCAUCCCUGUGCUUUUUCCAAAUGCCAGAAAGGAACACGUGCCUACCUGGCUGCAGAACACUCACAUUUAUAACUGGCCGAAGAAUAAGAAGAACAUCCUAUUGCGGUUACUGAGGGAGGAGGAAUACAUUGCUCCUCCAGUAGGACCUUUACCAACACUCCAGGUUGUGCCGUUAUGAACGUUAUUGCUUAAAGUGCACGACAAGCAGUUGUUAAAGGGUUGUUCUUGGCAGGGAGCCACUGCUCUUCCAGAUGGUCACUCUUUCUGCUAAAGGAAUUGGUUGUCUUGGGUAACUCAGGCUCGGCUUGUUCUCUACCAUGAUAAACAUCUAUUUCUGAAGCUGAUGGGGAAGAACUCUUUUCUCUAGAUUUUUAAGAGCUGCACAUGGAAAGAAUGCCCAGUUUUAUUUUAACAUCUGUUUUUAACAUAUUCCUUUAUUAGUCAAUAUAGCAAACAAAUACCAGAAAUAAUGUUGC